UUUGCGUCUCUGUCCCUUUCUUAGUCAACUUUUUCAACUACGAGCUUACGGUCAUUGCAAAAUACGCUCCACAGUCAACUUUGAUUUGGUUUUAUACCCCACUUAUACACUAUUAACAGAUUUCCGCUAUAUUUAUUGACUUACUAUUUUACCCGAAACUGUUGAGAUGGCUCCUGGUGUUCAGCAACAAAUUAGUUUCCCAUGCCGAAAAAUGAGUGUUCGGCGAAAGAUGGAUUUUGAUGAUGAUCUCGUCAGCCCUGCUAAAUCUCCUCGUAAAGAUAUCUGUGAUGUUGAAGAGGCUGAUCGAACUGUGAGGUUGACACGCUCUGCAUCUAGGAGAGCACAGACACCAACUCCUUCGAAACCCCACAGAAUCUGUACAAGUCCCAAGAAGACCUCUAGAAAUCUUUUCAAAACUGUUAAUACUUCUUCACCUAUCAAAGAAGCUCCAUCAAGUGUGUCAUUCAGAAGUCACAGCCCUAAAAAAACACAUUCAAGAGGAAAUGAAGAGAAUCAUGAAAUUUUACCCACUGUAAAUAAGCCAACAAAGUCUGCCUCAUUGAAUUCUCCAGUCAAGAUGAAAUUGAGUCAUCCAAAUGUUACCAAUUUUGCCAAAGCACGCCAAGCCCUUCACACUUCCACCCCAAGCAAUAUUUUUUGCAGAGACAAAGAAUUGGCUGUAAUUGAGAAUUUCAUGAGACCUCUCAUUGAAAUGAGUAAACCUGGAAGCAUGUACAUAUCUGGAAGGCCAGGAACAGGGAAAACUGCAUGUGUAACACACAUCCUAUCAAAUUGUAGGAAUUUUUCUGGAAAAUUCAAAUCCAUUUUCAUCAAUUGUAUGCUACUGCAUACCCCUUCCUCUAUAUUUCAACAAAUUGCUCAGCAGUUGGACCCUAAGUGGAGUGCAGUUGCCAAAGAAGCCUUAUCUUUUCUAGAAGACAAACUUACAGAGAGUGGACCCAUGAUUGUUCUGGUUUUAGAUGAAAUUGACCAAAUGUCUACGAGAGACCAAUCAGUCCUUUACGCCCUCUUCGAACUGCCAGCGUUGAAAAAUUCUCGCCUUAUUUUGAUUGGCCUGGCUAAUGCUUUAGACUUGACUGACCGAGCCCUGAUUAGACUUCAAAGCCGUGUACAGUUUAAGCCCGUCCUUCUCAAUUUCUCGCCUUAUUCAAAGCAGGAUAUUGUAACCAUUCUGAGCCAGCGAAUCCGAGAAGUGGUUACUGAAGAUGUAGGCAAUCUAAUAGCUCCUUCAGCCCUGCAGUAUUUGGGUGGCAAAAUAUCUUCUACAUCUGGAGAUCUGCGUAAAGCCAUUGACAUCUGUAGACGAGCAGUCGAGUUGGCCGAAACCUCCGCCAAAAAGCAGUUAGUGUUGGCACCAUCGAAUUCGGAACCUCAAAAUAGCGGAUCAAUACCGACAAACAAAUGUGUGAACAUUCCUCUUCUCUGCAAGAUGAUGGCUUCAGUUGAAAGUAAUGCAUUCUCUUCUGCGAACAACGACGAUGUAGAUGAAACCCCUCUGCAACAAAAGCUAAUUAUUGUGACACUUCUCGUGGUAGUCAAAUUCGGGAAGGCAAAACAAGUGACGUUGGGUAAACUACACGAGUCAUACAGCAAAGUUUGUUCCAAGUACGGUGUGACUAAAAUAGACUUCGAUGAAUUUUCACAUACUUGCUCUCUGGUCGAGAGCCGAGGUAUCGUGACCCUGAAGAAAAAGAGUAAUUCCCGCCUUGCGCCAAUCUGUCUACGGCUUGACGAGCGUGAAGUGGAAUCCACACUUAAGGACAAGACUCUCUUAUCAUCAAUUCUCGCUCAAGGAUCUUUAUUCGUUUAAUUUGUCUGUAAUAUCAAUCACGUGUCCGCCAAACUUUACAAGUAGUGUAGUAUCUGAGACUAUUUUAAAGCUGUUUAACUUUACCUAUAAUACAAUUUCUUGCCUAUAA